AUGGACUAUUCAUUCCGACCGAUGCUACAAGAACGGGAGAACGCCGCUCGACGAAACAAGACGAGAUAUCAUGUAGCACCCGAACCUGAUAUCCCUGUCCCUUCUUUCGGGUCACCGGUAGCCAACAGCCAAAGCAUGCCAGGCCCUUUCCCGCCAGGUCCUGUCCCUUACCAAUAUACCCAAGUCCCGGUGUAUACUCCCCCUUACGAUUCUGUAAGGCCCCGAAUUCCGAGUCCACAGUCUGUGGAAUCAUACGAGAUGGAUCCGCAGUAUUCAAACACCGUUCAUUCAGACACAUACACACCUCCUAGCCAAGGAAGUGUCUCUUUGUCAGAGGCCAAUGACCUCAAAGCCCAAAUCGCAGCUCUUCGAGACAAGGUCCGGGAGCUGGAAGGAAAACCUGCCCUCCCAAUAGCCUCCAAGUAUCAGAUUCUUUAUCGAAUUGAGAAAGACGGCACAUAUCCGACAUGGAUGGUCGAGGUCUCGGUCCAGGUCUCCAUGGAUGGGGAUUUAUACCGACCCCCCGAGCUCAUCCAGCGAAACAUGGGUGCGCCAUAUCUGCGCUGCAAUGAUCCGCUGAUCAACUUCGAGCUGUACCUCGCUCUCAACAGAGACAUAUCUUUUGUGGUUUUCCGGAACUACAAAAGAAGGGCUGAGCGGCAGUCAUCGAACACAAAGUAUGACAAGCCAGAGCCAUUCAGUGAGACCAUUUUUCCAGUGUCCGAGGAUCUCAAAGGCGUCAUCGCAGAUUUCCUCGGGGGCAAGGAGUUUAAAUCCAUGCAAAACCACUACCGGGACAAGGGAGAGGUUCAGUCGCCUUAUCUCUUCGUCUACCAUAACCGGGGUGCUGGAGAAUCAGAAAUCAAACGAGGACUGAGCUCUGAGGCACAUAGACAAUUCGACCUCUUCAUGGACUAUGUCCAAGAGGCUUACGGCAAAGAGUACACUGCAGCAGACCUGCUUUUUGAGCAAGGCAAAAUUCGUCCCGAAUACGUUCAGUAUCUGUUCAAGCCCAACCAAAUCCUGGUUUCGCAGAAAAACAAGGAGCAUAUAGGUUAUGUAGCCAGGGACUGGCCAUCUCGAUACCCAGAAAUUGAUAGCACCAGCAAUGCUUGUUGGUUGAUCAAUGCCCAGACUUGGAACUUUGAUGGCGACUUUUACAAAUACCGAACUAGACUCAGUUUUGAGAUGCCGAAGCCACAGUGUGCCAUGGAGAUGCCGUCGUCGCCGGAAGUGGGUUAUUUGUCGCAUGAUUAUAGCCUUCCUCUACCCAAAAGUGACCCUGACCAAGAGUGUGAUAUCACAGACCUUGCGGUAUUCCCAAUCAAGUAUGCUCCCGAUUAUCUCAUCCAGAAGCUUCAGCGCCGUGGGGAGAUUUUCUGGACAUUCCGCACACAGAAGUAUGUGUCCUAUCAGGCGACCGAGGAAGAGAAUUUCCAAACCAUGGCCGACGACCGAUACAUCAUAGACAUGAAGACAUACAAAAGACUGCAUCCAGACAUGACCGGGUAUUUGUAUGACGGCCCACGCAAACACACACUCGACGAGCGAACCAUGGCCAGAGAUCAACCCCCACCAGAGCCAUUCAGCAUGCUGAUGCCUCCGAGGGUGACUGGCUUCAACCUCCGGCGCAAGAAAUGGUUCGAUCUCUCAGUCGACCGCAUCUCCCAUGUUGAGUGGAACAAAGACGCCUUCGAGAGUCUAGCCAUCGACUCCAAAUCUAGAGGUCUUAUCGAAGCACUGGUGACCAACUACGUUGAGCCUGAAUACUCCGCCGACCUGAUCGCCGGCAAAGGCAACGGUCUUAUCUUGCUUCUGCACGGUGGACCAGGAACAGGCAAAACCCUGACUGCAGAAAGUGUGGCUGAAAUAGCCGAGAGGCCUCUUUACCGAGUCACAUGUGGCGACGUCGGCACCAAGCCAGAGGAGGUGGAGAAGUACCUCGAGUCCGUGCUGCACCUCGGCAAGAUCUGGAACUGCGUAGUCCUGCUCGAUGAAGCAGAUGUUUUCCUUGAGCAGCGCGGUCUAGAAGAUCUGAACCGGAACGCGCUCGUAUCGGCAUUCCUGCGCGUGGUGGAGUAUUUCGAGGGAAUCCUGAUUUUGACUACCAACCGGGUAGGCACCUUCGAUGAGGCGUUCAAAUCGCGCAUUCAGCUGGCACUGCACUAUCCUCCACUUGGCGAGGAGCAGAGACGAAUUAUUUGGAAUACUUUCAUUAAGCGGCUGGGUGAGUUUGAUGAAGAUGGUAUUGAUGUUAAGAAUCUUAUGGGGAGCUUGGAUGUGCUUCAGAGGGAGAAGUUGAAUGGUCGGCAAAUUCGGAAUGCCAUCACCACGGCUCGUCAAUACGCGAAGUGGAAAAGGGAGGUUCUCACAUAUGAUCACCUCAAGGAUGUGAUUGAGGUGUCUGCGAAGUUCGAUGACUACUUGGAUAACAUUCACCGUGGUGGUAUCAUGUAG